GGAAUUUGUAGUCAUAGUGCAGUGAAGUCCAAACGAUCAAUUCACAUUUCUCAUACGAACAUCAGAACAGUUAUUUUUAAAGGUUGUGCGUUUUUGGUAUAAAGAACGAAUAUACACAUGCUGGAAUAAGUAGAAAGAGCCCUAAGGUCCUAAAGCAUGUCGAAAUCAAAAAGUUCUGAAUGCGUCAAAGUUGUGGUUCGUUGUCGUCCUUUAAACCAGAAAGAGGUAGAAGGGAAUCAUGAAAGCGUCGUAUCCAUGGAUGUAAAGUCUGGUCAAGUUCAAAUUAAAAACCCCAAAAGUCCAAAUGAUCCACCAAAAUCCUUUACUUUCGAUGCUAUCUAUGAUUGGAACUGCACGCAAAGCGAUAUAUUUGAAGAAACAUUUCAUCCACUCCUUGAUUCUGUUCUCAAUGGAUUUAAUGGAACCAUAUUUGCUUACGGUCAAACUGGAACAGGAAAAACGUUUACCAUGGAAGGUGUUCGUUCAAACCCAGAACUUCGUGGUGCAAUACCAAGAUCUUUUGAACAUAUUUACAAACAUAUCGCACGAACCAAAGACCAGCAAUACUUGGUGCGCGCUUCUUAUCUAGAAAUUUACCAAGAAGAUAUCAGAGAUUUAUUGUCAAAAGAUCAAAGCAAAAGAUUAGAACUUAAAGAAAGACCAGAUACAGGUGUAUAUGUUAAAGAUCUUUUGUCUUUUGUAACAAAAUCUGUGAAAGAAAUUGAACAUGUUAUGAAUGUUGGAAACCAAAACCGCAGUGUUGGUGCAACCAACAUGAAUGAACAUAGCUCACGAUCCCACGCAAUAUUUGUGAUCACCAUUGAAUGUAGUGAGGAUGGUCUGGAUGGAAAGAAUCACAUUCGAGUUGGGAAAUUAAACUUGGUUGAUCUUGCUGGAAGUGAAAGACAAGCAAAAUCUGGUGCGACAGGAGAAAGAUUGAAAGAAGCAACAAAAAUUAAUUUAUCUCUUUCUGCUCUUGGGAACGUUAUUUCAUCACUGGUGGAUGGUAAGGGGCAUAUUCCGUAUCGAGAUUCCAAACUUACAAGGUUAUUGCAAGACUCACUUGGUGGAAAUGCUAAAACUGUGAUGGUUGCCAACAUUGGACCAGCAAGUUAUAACUCGGAUGAAACUUUAACCACAUUAAGAUACGCCAACAGAGCUAAAAAUAUUCAAAAUAAACCAAAGAUUAAUGAAGAUCCUAAAGAUGCCUUACUGAGGGAGUUCCAGGAGGAAAUAGCAAAAUUAAAAGCAAAUCUUGAAAGUCGUUCAAAAGGUGGAAGAAAAAAGAAAACGAGAAGAAGAAGAAAUGCAGACGGAGAGAUGGUGGAAGAGUCCGGGAGUGAUGAUGAUGAGGAUGAUGAUGAUGAUAGUAGUUUAUCAGAGGAGCAACAAGCCAAGUUGGAGAAGGAGAAGAACCGAAUCUUGCAAGAUAAGAGCAUGGCUGAGGAGGAAAGAGAAAGGUUGUUAAAGGAACAACAAGCAAAACUAGAAGAGCUGAAGAGGCAACAGGAAGCUAAAGAUGAACUGACUGCAAAGAUAAAAGCGAUGCAAAGCAAACUCCUCGUUGGUGGAAGAACCAUCGUGGAUCAUACGAAUGAGCAAGAGCGAGAGCUGGAGGAGCGGAGGUUGCUUCUAGCUGAGCAGAGAAGGAAAGAACGAUCGAUGAAACAACAACUUGAGGCAAGGGAGGAGUCAGCACUCGAGGCGCAAGAGAGCUACAGUUCGUUGAGACAGGAAGUUGAUGAAAAAACCAAACGACUGAAAAAGAUGUACACCAGACUUCAGCAACUUAAAGCUGAAAUAAGUGACCUGCAAGAAAUAAAUUGUCGGGAACGAGAAGACCUGGAGAUUUCUCAAAUGAAGAUGAACAGAGAGUUAAAGCAGAAGUUGUUGAUCAUUGAAAACUUUAUUCCAAGUGAUGAGAGAGCUCGCUUGGAGGAGAGAAUUAUUUAUAAUGAAGAAAAUGAUCAAUGGGAGCUGAAAUCUGUAACAAACACAGCUCAUAAUACAAUGAUGCAACGUCCGAAAAGUGCCCACAGUGGCAGCAGUCGACCUACUUCUCAGUAUGCAAAGAUGGCUGCUGCAGUUGGUUUCAAUCCUCGAUACAAAGGUGACAACGUAUUACUGGUGGAGUUGGACAUGCCCACUCGAACAACACAAGAUUAUGAAGGGCCUACCAUUGCACCAAAGGUUCAAGCAGCAUUAGAUGCAGCUUUGCAGGAGGAAGGUGAUUUACAACUUGAUGCGAGUGAUGAGAAGUUUGUAAAGAAAACUAAACCAAGACUAAAGUCGGCAAAAUCUCGUCCCCGUACAGCAAAGAAGAAUGGAAUAUCAAACGGGACGGACAAACCAUCGUUGUAUCCAACAUCUCGGGGUUUAGUUCCAAAAUAAAUUUCACAGUUUGAUUUUAAUCCAAUCAUACAAUUUCUAUAAAGAAGGCCAAUUAAACUAAAAAAUACAUAUUAAUAUAUAGGGUUAAGCUUUAUUGUGUGAAAGCUUUGUUUAGAUCAUAAAGUAAAGUGCUACUGUGAAAAAAGCUGCAUUUUACUGAAGUAUUUCUCACUUGAUAUUCCAAAUGUGAUCAGUUCCCUGUUUUGAAUUCAUAUAUUUUCUGUUGUGCAAACUGUUGUCGUAAUGUCUAUUUGCACGCGCUUUUAUCACUGUUACAUGUUGUGAGACCUUUAAAAGUAUUUUCUUCCUAUUUUAGUGAAUUUUGUGUGAAAAUUUUUAUAUAGGUUUCAAUGCGGUGCUCAACGUUGCUUGCAAAUAUCCAAUAAACG